AUGUUUGGAAAGCACAUCGAGACGUGGAAAGUCAUGUGCGAGAUAUCAGACAUGGUUCUGACCUUAAAAGGGGUAUCUGGGUACAUGUUAUUUGUUCAAUGGAAGUGUGGCGAGAAGAGUGGCAAAACGGAGCGGUGUGUGUGUAAAGAGGGACGUGUUGAUUUUGGUGGGUUUACGUUUGAUGACACGAUUCAGCGAGAUGCGAAGAAGUACACCUAUCUGAAGAAGCCGUUAAUGCUUUCGUUAAUGAAUGUGUUGAAGAGUAAGAAUUCGUUAGUAGGUAAGAUAGAAGUCGACCUGUCGAAGUAUAUGGACUCUUCUGAAGAUAAUGAAGUUGAAUUACCCAUUUCAAAUGGGAAAUUGAAGUUCCAUUUAAUAACACAGACGGACGCCACUGUCAUUCAAGGGACUGAAAAACUCGAAAAUUCGGAGGACGUCAUUGCGCAGAUCGAACAACUUAAUGAAGACAUCCAAGGACAAUUGGAAGAGGAAAAAGUACUGACAGACAAGUUGAAUGAAAUGGCGACCGAAGUCAGUUUUAUGAAACAAAACAGAGUCGCGGAGGGCGAUAUCACACAAGAAGAGAGCGAAUUCAUACUCGCGGAGAUAUUUUUAAGUAAUAUGUCGUUUUCGGAUAAACACCACCCACUCACUGCAGAAACUAUUUUUGAGAAGUUAAGUGAGGGCCGUUUAGUGAAAAGUGAGAAGACGAAGUUUCUGAAUAAAGUAGUUGAAGUUCUUGAGAAAAUUUCAGUGAUGUCUUUGGAAACGCCGACACGGAAUGUAUAUUGGCUUGGCGUCACAACACUACUCACGAAACAAGUCAACAACGAAAUCAUUCCGAAGAAUCGAAGCGACAAGGAAGCACACAAAGCUUUUGUUAAAAACUUGUUUGAAGUCCUCAAAAAAAGUAUUUUAUUAGUUUAUAAUGAAAUUGAACCAAAAAUUCGAGAGAACGUCAUCCCUUUCUUCACUGAUAUGAACAAAACAAGAGGAGCCGUUUCUUCAUUUGAGCCAUUUAAAGAGUAUUUGGAUGUUAUGAAGAAAGACCAUAUUCCAGAGAUAGUAGUCAACUAUUUCAUCCGACUUUUUAUCGAUCGAUUUGAUCGAGUUGUAUUCAACCAUUUGAUGAGUCAACGAUCUGUGAAGACCGAUCUCGCCAUUUUUGUGAAGUGCCAAAUUGCCUCGUUCUGUGAAAUGAUCAGAAAAUUCUCAACGGAAAUGUUCGAAACGUAUUUCACGUUACUGCAAUCAUUUUGCGUCAUGUCGAUCGUAUCACUGGAUACUGUCACUGCACUCGACCUCUCAACAUCUGUAUGUCCAGCUCUCUCUUUCAAACAAAUCUUCGAUAUUAUCGCCAAAUUUGAACCUCCAGUAAACAUUGUCUCGGUAAAUAAAAUCAAAAACGGAAUGAGAGGUAUUGAAGAUAAACAAAACGCAGUGACUGACGAAAACGAACACGCAGAACUCAUUGCAAGCGACUUGUUUAAUUCAUAA